AUGGCGGGCAGCAGUAUAGCAAAGCAGCUGCUUUCGAAGCAGCUCGUGGAGCUGACAAAAGACGAGCAGAAUGGCUUCUCAGUAGGACUAGAAGACGACAACUUGUUCAAGUGGAGGGUGUGCUUUGAGGGGCCACAAGAUUCUCUAUACGAAGGCGGGCUCUUUACAGGUACUUCUACAAAAAGUUUGUUCUUUACAUACAGGUACUCCUAGGAACAAAAGUCUGAGUUUAUUCUUAUUACGUAUGUAAUAAUCGAACUUGAUUCUUUAAGAGCAGCCAGCGUUUGCAUUCUUUUACUUUUUCAGAGGGCAUAUGCUUGCACUUGUUCAUGAAUCGCAAAAUUUAAACAGCAUUGCUGACGUUUCCGCCUGACUUUCCAAAUAGCCCACCGGAGAUGGUCUUCGAGACAGAGUUGUUUCAUCCGAACGUGUAUCCAGAUGGCAAAGUCUGUAUCUCAAUCUUGCAUCCGCCAGGGACGGACGCGUUCAAUGAGCAAGAAACAGCGGACGAGCGAUGGAGACCCAUAUUGGGCGUAGAGAGCAUACUUAUCUCCGUCCUUUCCAUGUUGCUGGAUCUUAUGACUUGCUGGUUGAUGUUGAUGAAUAUAAAAUCGAUAUAGAGGAGCUCGUCGGACAGAGAAGUUUAUUUUUAGAAGAGAACGGCCAUUUUCUUCACAAGUCAUCUAGUAUUGAUGAUCUUUCUUUGUAUCGGACAGCACGCGAUACCCUUGAUUGAAUCUUCUAGCUAUGAAUCGAUUUGCUAUUUAUCAAAAAAGUAUCAUCAUCAUCAUAAUCAUCAUGAUCAUCAUCAUCAUUCAUAUCUCUAAUUUUCCCAACCCGAAUAGUCCGGCGAACAUGGAUGCGGCAGUAAUGUACCGAGACAAGACGGCAGAGUGGAAGAAGAAAGUACGCGCUUUGACACGAAAAAGUGUGGAAGGAUAG